AUGAGCAAGGUCACGAAACAAUCCAAGAGCCACAAGAGCUCCGAACUGGUAUCCCUCGCUGAAAAGAUCAAGCAGAAAGCAUUGGAGAAUCGCAAGCAGUCGCGGGAGGAAUCGCAGGCGACUGAGGAGGCCAAUACCGCAAGUGAGACUGAAGCUGCUGUGAUUGAGGAGACGGCAGAGCCAGAAGAAGGAUUUUCCAGCUUCCGCGAGCUGGACCUGGUGCCCGAGCUGAUUGAGGCCUGCGACAAUCUGAACUUCACGAAGCCCACGCCCAUCCAAAGCAAGGCGAUACCGCCCGCGCUACAAGGGAAAGACAUCAUUGGGCUUGCGCAGACCGGCUCGGGAAAGACGGCGGCGUUUGCGAUUCCCAUCCUGAAUCGGCUGUGGCACGACCAGCAGCCCUACUACGCAUGCAUCCUGGCGCCCACCCGAGAGUUGGCACAGCAGAUCAAGGAGACCUUUGAUUCUCUAGGUAGUCUUAUGGGCGUGAGAACUACUUGCAUAGUGGGUGGUAUGAACAUGAUGGACCAGGCACGCGAUCUAAUGAGAAAGCCGCAUAUCAUCAUUGCCACGCCCGGCCGGUUGAUGGAUCACUUGGAGAACACGAAGGGGUUCGCACUGCGCAAGCUGCAGUUUCUCGUUAUGGAUGAGGCCGACCGUCUGUUGGAUAUGGAGUUCGGUCCUGUUUUGGACCGCAUUUUGAAGAACAUCCCUACCAAGGGAAGGACCACAUACCUCUUCUCCGCUACAAUGACGUCGAAGAUCGACAAGCUACAGAGGGCCUCGCUUACGAACCCCGUCAAGUGUGCCGUGUCCAACAAGUACCAAACAGUUGACACCUUAGUGCAGACGUUAAUCGUUGUCCCCGGUGGUCUGAAGAACACGUUUCUGAUUUACCUCUUGAAUGAAUUUAUUGGCAAGACAACCAUCGUCUUCACCAGAACCAAGGCAAACGCGGAGAGGAUAUCCGGCCUCUGCAACUUACUCGAAUUCAGCGCCACUGCUCUGCAUGGUGAUCUCAACCAGAACCAAAGAACAGGCGCCCUAGAUUUAUUCAAAGCCGGGAAGAAGUCUAUCUUAGUUGCAACAGAUGUUGCCGCGAGAGGUCUUGAUAUCCCGUCAGUCGACCUUGUUAUCAACUACGACAUCCCUGUAGACUCCAAAUCGUACAUCCAUCGUGUGGGUAGAACUGCAAGAGCUGGGCGUUCUGGUAAAUCAGUUUCGCUAGUGUCGCAGUAUGACCUUGAGCUAAUUCUGAGAAUUGAGGAAGUUCUUGGGAAGAAGCUUCCAAAGGAGAAUGUUGACAAGAGCAUCGUGUUGUCGCUUAGAGAUUCCGUCGAUAAAGCUAACGGAGAGGUUAUCAUGGAACUAAACAGAAGGAACAAGGAGAAGCAGACCAGGGGCAAGGGAAGAAGGUCGAGGACGGCAACGAGGGAAAAUAUGGACAAGGAGGAAGAAUGA